CCUGAUCAAUGCGUCGAAUCUGUCUACAAUGUUCAUGGAUGAAUUAGGUUCUUCAAAAAUGGUGACAUGGGUCGGCAAAUGGGUCGAGUUCUAUUCGGUCCCUGGAGACCAAUGCGUUGCUUACGGCCGGUGUGGUGUUUAUCAGCUUAUGGUUACUGCGACAUGAACAACGGGCAAGCUUUCGAGUGUACGUGUCUUCCUGGAUACGAGCCCAGGUCGGCAGAGGAGUGAAACCUGCGGGAUGCAUCGGGCGGGUGCAUCAAUAAGCACGAGGAACUUUCCAUGUGUGGAAACAGAGAAGGGUUUGUCGAGGUAGCGAACGCAAAGAUUCCAAAUACGUCCAAGGCACAUGUGUCAAUGAGCCACAACGAGCAUGCGUGCAGGGAAAAGUGCUUGAGAAAUUGUUCUUGCCUGGCUUACACGAGUGAAGCAGAAGGAGGAGCAUGGGCGAACUGCAUCACUUGGUAUGAAAAUUUGAUGGAUGUGAGAAGGCACAUGAAAAGGUUCCUUUCCGAUGGACGAGACUUGAAUGUACGGGUUGAUGCCGUUGAAUUAGCUCAACGUAUGAAAUCCAGGAGACUAAAGCAAAAGAAGGUGGCUGUUGUGGUGACAUCAGUUGUCUCAACAUCAGUCCUAUUUAUCAUCUUAGUUUGUUGGCCGGUGAUGAAGAAGCGAACAAGGGGUAAGCAAUUAAUUGGCAUUUCUUACUAUGCUAUCUUAUGUCUUUGUACUUAUCUUGUGCGCAUCUCGACUAAAUCCGGGGCCCUGAAGGUAAUGACUGGGCAUGAAACCUGUGACCUCACGGAGAAGCACUUUUUGCUUUCUCACAACCACUUGGUCAAACUCCUUGAGGGAUACACAUUGAUCAAGACAAUUGUAGAGACCCAAAAACUCCGUGGUAUUGACAAUACCCCACUCUCCUCUGGAUCAGACUCUGGACAAGUAUUGAUACCUCGAUCAGGGGUAUCAAUACCCCUCUUCUGUUCCAGACAGAUUUGGUUCAUUUGUUUCUUCUCGUGCCCGUUUGAACCCCAAACACUUCAAACACCUUUGAAUAGCUUCAAAUCACUUCCAAACUUAAUAGUUCGUACCUCGAAAGAUUCAUUGACCAAUCGGCCUCCUUGGGCUCUCGUCGUAGCUUAG